CCCAACAUUUGUAUAGUUUCAGUCCAGUUAUAAUGGAAUGUCAACAGUGAUUGAGAGUGAAUUCUCUUCUCCAUCAGGAAGGAUAUGAUAUAGGUUUCCCUCUAGCGUGUGGUGAACUUACGUUUCCUUCCUCAAAUGCACGCAUACAAUACUGCUGGAGUUGCCAAAUGUACCGCAGUUAAACUGAAAGAGGAGUCAAUUUCCCUUCAGUGAAUAAAGAGAGUGUGUGUUUACGGAGCUAGGAAGAGUUUACAAGAACUUAACGUAGCCUACCUUUUUGUUGUUGUGCCCUGGAAACUUGACAGAAAAGUCGGCUGUUGACUGUAAAACUCUUCCGAAUCUGUUCUGAGGUUGUGAGGACAUUCGACAGAUAGUAUGGAAAUAGCAUAAAGGAUGAAAAGAGCUUACAGGUGUUCCUUGACAUUACUGGCAUUUUUGUGUAUCUUAAAAGUGUGUGAACUGUGCUCAUCUGUUCGAGCAAGUCGUGCUACAAAGUUUGUGGCGGAGGGCGGCAGUCUCCAGUUGAGCUGUGAAGUGCAACACUGUGGGCUUGCUGUCUGGACUGGAGGAUGGGUUUUCCAGGAAUUGGACACACUAAGAUUACUUCUCAUUGCCUCUGAACGAAUCGAGAUGUCCAGUUCCAGCUCAACAGCCAAUAGCACACGUCUGUUACUCCACAUUCACAACAUCAACCAGUCAGAUGCUGGAGCAUACAAGUGCUUAAUAUCCUGGCCUCAGAAUAUCACUAGCAGUGGACAUGUGACAUAUGUUAAUGUGACUGCAGCAGCAGCAGACUCAUCAGGCAGAAGCCUCCUUCAUAGAUUCCUGCUUUGUUUUGGUGCCUUGAUGUGUUUUCCUGUUGUUUUGGGAUUUGUUUGGUGUCUCGCCAGAGAUCAUCAUCCACCACCACCCCCUGUCCCGCCUCGUCCUUGCACGUCCUUUGCAGCUAGAGUGAAACCAAAAAAGGAAUUGGUGUAUGCAGAAGUUGCAAUGAACGAUUCAAGGCAGCAGAAUGAUCAUCCAAAUCAAGCGUCUGAGCCAACUGUCUAUUCCUCUGUGCGUUUCUCCUGAACAUAAAGACAUCUUGCAUUUUUAUCUCUCAUGUGGCUGUGGGUUAUUUUCAAUACCAGAGCUAACAUGACUGUAAACAUAGUGGCAGUACAGUUGCAAAGUUAGACAACAAGAUUGAAAAGAUAUCAACUUGACUUCGAAAUGUGAAUGCUAGCAAUGUUACACUUUGAUUUAAUAUACAGGUGCAUCUCAAUAAAUUAGAAUGUCGUGGAAAAGUUCAUUUAUUUCAGUAAUUCAGCUCAAAUUGUGAACUUGUGUAUUAAAUAAAUUCAAUGCACACAGACUGAAGUAGUUUAAGUCUUUGGUUCUUUUAAUUGUGAUGAUUUUGGCUCACAUUUAACAAAAACCCACCAAUUCACUAUCUCAACAAAUUAGAAUAUGGUGACAUGCCAAUCAGCUAAUCAACUCAAAACACCUGCAAAGGUUUCCUGAGCCUUCAAAAUGGUCUCUCAGUUUGGUUCAAUAGGCUACACAAUCAUGGGGAAGACUGCUGAUCUGACAGUUGUCCAGAAGACAAUCAUUGACACCCUUCACAAGGAGGUAAGCCACAAACAUUCAUUGCCAAAGAAGCUGGCUGUUCACAGAGUGCUGUAUCCAAGCAUGUUAACAGAAAGUUGAGUGGAAGGAAAAAGUGUGGAAGAAAAAGAUGCACAAUCAACGAGAGAACCGCAGCCUUAUGAGGAUUGUCAAGCAAAAUCGAUUCAAGAAUUUGGGUGAACUUCACAAGGAAUGGACUGAGGCUGGGCUCAAGGCAUCAAGAGCCACCACACACAGACGUGUCAAGGAAUUUGGCUACAGUUGUCCUCUCCUGAACCACAGACAACGUCAGAGGCGUCUUACCUGGGCUAAGGAGAAGAAGAACUGGACUGUUGCCCAGUGGUCCAAAGUUCUCUUUUCAGAUGAGAGCAAGUUUUGUAUUUCAUUUGGAAACCAAGGUCCUAGAGUCUGGAGGAAGGGUGGAGAAGCUCAUAGCCCAAGUUGCUUGAAGUCCAGUGUUACGUUUCCACAGUCUGUGAUGAUUUGGGGUGCAAUGUCAUCUGCUGGUGUUGGUCCAUUGUGUUUUUUGAAAAACAAAGUCACUGCACCCGUUUACCAACAAAUUUUGGAGCACUUCAUGCUUCCUUCUGCUGAACAGCUUUUUAAAGAUGCUGAUUUCAUUUUCCAGCAGGAUUUGGCACCUGCCCACACUGCCAAAAGCACCAAAAGUUGGUUAAAUGACCAUGGUGUUUGUUGGUGUGCUUGACUGGCCAGCAAACUCACCAGACCUGAACCCCAUAGAGAAUCUAUGGGGUAUUGUCAAGGGGAAAAUGAGAAACGAGACCAAAAAAUGCAGAUGAGCUGAAGGCCACUGUCAAAGAAACCUGGGCUUCCAUACCACCUCAGCAGUGCCACAAACUGAUCACCUCCAUGCCACGCCGCAUUGAGGCAGUAAUUAAAGCAAAAGGAGCCCCUACCAAGUAUUGAGUACAUGUACAGUAAAUGAACAUAUUUUCCAGAAGGCAAACAAUUCACUAAAAAUGUUUUUUUAAUUGGUCUUAUGAAGUAUUCUAAUUUGUUGAGAUAGUGAAUUGGUGAGUUUUUGUUAGUUGUAAAGCCAUAUUAAAUGUUGUUCUUCCAGAUAUGUCUGUAGAACAGGGGUGUCAAAGCCACAGCCCUGCAUAGUUUAGUUCCAACCCUGCUCCAAGACACAUACCAUUUAGUUUUCAAAUACGCCUUAAUGACUUGAUUAGCUGGAUCAGGCGUAUUUAAUUAGGGUUGCAUCUAAACUGUGCAGGGCUGUGUCCCUCC